AUGCGCAGUAUGAAUGAGGAACCAUACCCUUCCUCGUGGUCCCAAGGCCUGCUGUAGAAGUUGAUCUUUCACAGAGAAAUACUAAGAGAUAGGACAGUUGGAGACAGCCUAGAGGACUCCGGAGUAUGACUGCACCUAUUACAUGCUUUACUGCAUUGAUUGAUAUCGCUGAAGACGAGCAGUGUGAAGAGCUUGAGGACUUCCUGCGUGGUAAGGGUGCCCAGAUCACCUCUACCAAUGACACUGAGCUCCUACCUCGUCUUCAGCAUAUCAUCGACAACAGUCAUGUCGUCUUUCAGCAAAGAGACAUCCCCCAACAAGAGUUGGAGGGGUUCUUCUACAGUGUUGUGUCUCUGUUCCAUAUCGUGACGCCCGACCAGGCCAAUGGGAUCGUCCAGUCGUUCUGCGACAAACUCGCUGCAAAGGACAAUGAGGAGAACAUAAACCUACGGCUUAGACUGUUGGGCCUGGUGUUCUGUCAUUUUCCUGAUAAGGACCCUCUUCGCUAUAUUGUGUUCUGCAACCUCGUCAGAUUAGCCGGUAGAACCAGUUUGACGGGUUCACUACAACUAGACAUGGAUAAGGUUUGCAAGUGGACAGAACUCUGGGAGUUAGAGGCUGCAAAGAAAAGAGAAAUGUUUCUCUUGCUUUGGGGGGCCUACCAAAACUCAACAGACCUCAAAUUGUCCAGUCGUAUUUUAACAGAGCUGCUGAGCACAUACUCGAGCACAGAUGCCCCCGAAGCUGACCCCACCCUCGUAGAGAGACUGGUAGUCCUCGUCAUCUCAGACUCUACCCAGUUUGUGUUUGACCACCUCAUCUCUCUACCAGCCCUCACUGCACUCAAGACUCACAACAUUUACAAGCUGCUCUAUAUAUUUGUGGCUGAAAGACUGUCAUCUUUCAUGACCUUUUAUCAGGAAAACAAAGACUUUGUCUCCAACCUAGGCCUCCAGGAGAGUUACUGUGUGGAGAAAAUGCGCCAGCUGACACUAGUCAGUUUAGCAAUGGAGACUGGAGAGAUUCCUUUCUCUAGACUGGCAGAAGAGCUGCACUUACCAGAAAACCAACUGGAGCAGUUUGUCAUUAAUGCUGUCCGGCUAAAGCUAAUCGAAGCAAGAAUCAAUCAAACAAGCAAAACACUAGUAAUUAGGACUUCUAUUUAUCGUACUUUUGGUAGCACACAAUGGAAACUACUCCAUGAUCGCCUGUCGUCGUGGCAACAAUGCGUCAACUCCGUCAAGACAAGUUUGAAUACUGUCAAGACGUGAUAUAUAGGGAAAUAAACGUUGUUAGUUUCAAUUGUGCUCUUCUUAGCGAGAAUUACAGAUUAUCAGAAUAUUUUUAAUUAUGUUUCCCCUUUUGGACUGUUCUUGUAACAAUUUCAUGACUGUGUUAUAUACCGUG